GAAAUUAGAGUGUAUAGCGUAAGUGAUCUUGAUCCGCAUAUUAAUGGCAGUAUCUCAGAAAAUGGACUUUGCGAGAGGUGGAAGUGAGCACGGUGACGGUAAGGCACAACAAGGUUGAUGGAAAGUGGCAGUCUCCAGCCGCGACGAAACUAAUUUUAUAGGUGAUCUCCCGGCGCAACGUUCUGGCAACAGCGCCUUGGAACCUUGAGUCCGGCGUGAGGAUCUCAAGUCUGGCUCACUUCGGUGCGGCGUCGCUCGCGUCCGCACUCACGCCCGCUCGCACUCACGUGAAUCCCGCCUCCUCCUUGUCACGCAGGAUGUCAUCAGGAAGUCGCCGCGCCUCCCGCCACCAGCAGGAGAAAGAUGACGAGGUGCCACAGUGGAUUCCGGGUCUGGGGAGUGAUAAGCCCAAGCCCAGAACACUCGGGACGUCCUUCUUUGGGUAUGUGCCCGACGCCUUCGUCGAGAAGACUCCGUACCUGCCCUCGGAGAGAACUGCUGACAGUGCCAAAAAACAGGCAGAGUUGGAAAAGAGUACAGGACAGCGGAGUGAGAGCGCCAGUGAGAUCAGUGAGCAAGACGCUACAUUGCAGCGAGACAUGGACGCGAGCAGCGACGAGGGCGUGGUGACCGAGGAGGUGAUCGUUCCUCGCCGGGUCAUGAGCAGCGCAGCCGAGCCGUGGAAUACGGACGCCUUGGACGGGAGUGCCCAGAAUCGCCUCCUCAUCAAGGGAGGGAGAGUUGUCAAUGAUGAUAUGAUGCAAGAUGCAGAUGUCUACAUUGAAGAUGGAGUCAUCAAGCAAGUGGGCCAGAACCUUCACAUCCCAGGUGGAACAAAGGUGGUGGAAGCCAAAGGUCGCCUUGUUAUGCCAGGUGGAAUUGAUACUCAUACCCACAUGCAGCUGCCAUUUAUGGGAACGUUUGCAGUGGAUGACUUUUAUACUGGGACUCGUGCUGCCCUUGCUGGUGGCACCACAAUGAUCAUGGAUUUUGCUCUGCCCCAACGAGGGGAGUCCUUAGUUGAGGCCUACCACCGCUGGCGUGCCUGGGCUGACCCAAAGGUGUGCUGUGAUUAUGCACUUCAUGUUGGCGUCACUUGGUGGUCCCCCAAGGUAGCUGAGGAAAUGCAGGAACUGACCGAGGAUCUUGGAAUAAACUCUUUUAAGAUGUUUAUGGCCUACAAGGACACCUGGCAGCUUGAUGAUGGAGACCUUCUUGAAUCCUUCAAGAGGUGUAAGGAAGUAGGAGCACUGGCUCAAGUCCAUGCAGAAAAUGGGGAUGCUAUCAAAGAGAACUCCAAAAAGCUGUUGACAAUGGGCAUAACAGGACCAGAAGGACACGAAAUGAGUCGCCCAGAGGAGGUUGAGGCAGAAGCCACAAACAGGGCCUGUGUUCUUUCCAACCAGGUUGGAUGUCCCCUCUAUGUUGUGCAUGUUAUGUCAAAGAGUGCUGCUGAUAUAAUCUCAGCAAAGAGAAAACAAGGUCACAUUGUGUUUGGUGAGCCCAUUGCAGCCUGCCUUGGCACAUCAGGCAAGCACUAUUGGCAUCAGUGCUGGAGACAUGCUGCAGCUCAUGUCAUGGGGCCUCCUCUGAGACCUGAUCCAGACACUCCUAGAUAUCUCAUGGACCUUUUAGCAAAUGGUGACCUCCAAGCAACAGGGACUGACAAUUGCACAUUUACUGCUUCUCAAAAAGCACUUGGAAAAGAUGACUUCACAAAAAUCCCAAAUGGAGUCAAUGGAGUUGAGGACCGAAUGUCUGUUAUUUGGGAGAAAGGUGUUGUUUCUGGAAAAAUGGAUCCAUGCCGAUUUGUGGCAGUAACUUCAACUAAUGCUGCAAAGAUCUUCAACAUUUAUCCUAAAAAGGGUCGUAUUGCUGUGGGGUCCGAUGCAGAUAUUGUUGUAUGGAACCCUAAUGCUACUCGUAUCAUCUCUGCAAAAACACAUCACCAAGCAGUUGACUUUAAUAUUUUUGAGGGAAUGGAAGUGCAUGGCAUUGCUGAUUAUGUCAUCUGCCAUGGUCGUGUUGUAGUGGAGGAAGGGGAGAUACGCGUACAGUCAGGAAUGGGCAAGUUUGUCCCAACACCUGCCUUCUGCCCCCAUGUCUAUGGCAGGGUUCAAGACAGAGACAGGGCCCUUGCUCCACAGAAGGUUGAGCGUGCACCCUAUGAUGGUCCAGUGGCGCAGCUGAAUAGUCAGUCCCAAGGCCCAGUGUCAGAGCACAUCACAGCUGUGCAGCAGGAGAAUUUCUAUACCCGAGGUCCGACUAGAAGUGGAGGUGUCAACCUUCAUGACUCAAGCUUCCACGUGUCGGGUGCCCAACUUAAUGACAAGUCACCCAAGCGUCCAUCAGUGAAAGUGAACAACCCACCUGGUGGCAAGACCUCUGGCAGCUUCUGGUAACCUUGAAGCAAUUUAAAGCAUCAGGAACAGAAAUGAAUAUCUUCCCUUAUAAAUUUCUACGUGUAGGAUAUGGCACUAAAUGUUUUCUAUUGUACACAACACUCUUGAUCUUUAAGUUUACUAUGUUAUAAGGAUUCAGAAACUAAUACAAGGAAAACUAAAAUUGACUUGCCAGAUUUAAAAAAAAUGAUAAGUAAAUUGUCUUAAUUUUAUGUAAAUCAUAUUUCAAAACCAAAAAGUCUUUAUAUAUAUAUAUAUAGAGAGAGAGAGAGAGAGAGAGAGCGAGCACACUGUUUCUAACAUCUUUACUGACAGCAAAUGUAAAUGUAAAGUAUUUUAUUAUUUUUAUUAUUAUUAUUAUUAUUAUUAUUAUUAUUAUUAUUAUAAUUAUUAUUAAAAUUAUUAUUAUUUAUAUUUUAAUUAUUUUCCUUUUACAUCUUUACUGACAGCAAAUGUUAAUGUACAGUAAAUGCUAUGAAGAAGAAACACGUAAGUGGCCUCCCAGUAAGCACUUUAACAACUAGAAUAAGUAAGAAAUUCUGACGAAGAUUUUAAUUAGAAAGAUUUUUUCAGCUGCAGUGUAUACUAUGAGGCUGAUUUCUUACAUACUACAAUAAUAAUUUGUUGCCUUACUAGGUAGGUGACAGAAUUAUGACCUACUGGUAUUGUAUUUCUUGGGUCUUUCAAAAGCCUUUUACCUGUAUGUUAAUUGGGUCUAAACAAAAAGAUUGAGCAGCUUUAGAUCUGAAAACCAGAUGCUUUAUAGUGCAGAUUGUGUUUAGUAUUCUUGUAAAUUUAAAAGAUUGCAUAAAUUAAUAUAGGCUAAAGAGAACAUUUGUUAUUUAUCAUUAUUUUUUUUUCUUCCAUUGUUGCUCAAUUAUAUUGCUUGGUUAUUUGAAAUAUAUAGAGUAAGUUCAUAUGUUAAUGUAAAUCUUUCUUGGCUCUUCCUUAUAUGUGCUGAUUUUGUGUAUUGUUAUUCUGUUUGUAAUGCUUCAUGGUGUUAUUCACAGCUAUUGACAAUAAAUAUACUGUCAGACUU